AUGAGCACCUGGGUAAUAUAUGUUGAUGCAGUAACCACUAGGCUUUUUUUCCCCAGUUGCAAACCUGAAUCUUGUUACUACAUUCAUUUGUACAAACACUAAUGUUCAUUGCAAAACUCAGUGUCAAAAGGACAAACAGUUCAUUUCCUAACAUUAGCCACAGAGAUAUUCUUUUAAAUAUUAUUGCACAACUCAAGAAUGAGUAUAGAAGAAUGAUCAACUGUCUCAAUAAAGCAUUGAGCACUUGAAGGAGAUCCCGUGAUCUGAACGUCUCAGCCUCGGUUGACUGCAAAAAUGAUGACGGUGUUCGUCGUGGCUCUGCUUUCUGUUUUCACGGCGUCUGUUGUCUCUGGAUUCAAGCCGUUCGACUGUUCUGAAAUCUACAAAUCAGGAAAAACUCUCAGUGGGGUUUACUCCAUCUAUCCAGCCGGCAACAUUCCUGCCUCCGUUUACUGUCAGAUGAUUUCAAGUGGGAAAGGCGGAGAGAACGGAGGAUGGACGGUGUUUCAGAGACGAAUGGAUGGCAGUGUUAACUUCUUUCGGCCGUGGGAAGAGUACAAGAGAGGAUUCGGGAAUGUGGAGGGCGAAUACUGGCUGGGGUUGGAGAACCUCUAUCAGCUGACACGCCACAAGAAGUUCAUGCUGAGAGUGGAUCUGGAGGACUUUGAAGGAAGGAAAGGUUUCGCUCAGUACUCGUCCUUCUCUGUGGGUUCUGAAGCUGAAGGGUAUAAACUGCAGGUGUCUGGAUUUACUAAUGGAGGAGCAGGAGACUCACUGAUCUACCACAGUGGAAUGAAGUUCACCACAUAUGACAAGGACCAAGACACUCAUACACAGAACUGUGCCAGAAUAUAUGUCGGGGCAUUUUGGUAUAAAGACUGCCACAAUGCGAACCCCAAUGGUGUGUACUUAGGGGGAGAAGACAAGACCUUGUUUGCCAUUGGAAAUGUUUGGUACACCUGGAAGAACAAUUUUGAAAUUGGUAUGAAAUUCAUCACCAUGAAGAUCAAACCUGUGUAUUAAAUAUUUACAGACACAAAACAAAAACAACUAAGCAACAACAUUAAGGCUUAAGUGUUUAAGUUCUGCUGUCUGCUUACUGUGUUAACAGUCUUUCUUUUUGUUUUGGGUCAAUUUUCUCCAAACAAAUCAAUAAUGAAUUUGAAUAAACUCCUGCAAUGAAAGGCA